AUGGCUGAAUCCGAACGAGGCAUAAGAACUAUUCUUCUUGGUCCCCCUGGUGCUGGAAAAGGCACAACUGCACCUAAGCUUGUCAACGAGCACCAGAUCUGCCAUUUGAGCACUGGAGACAUGCUCAGAGAAGAAAUCGCCUCUGGAAGUAAACUUGGCCAGGAAGUCAAGGCUGUCAUUUCUGAAGGACGAUUAGUUUCGGACGAGAUCGUCUGCGAGAUGAUAAAAAAUAAUCUUUCGAAACCAGCAUGCCAGCGUGGGUUCGUUCUCGAUGGCUUUCCACGAACAGUCGGACAGGCCGACAAGCUCAACUAUAUGCUGAAAGAGAAUGGAACGCCACUGGACUCUGUCGUCGAGUUCAAAAUCGAUGACGCUGUGUUGGUGGAACGAAUCUGCGGAAGACUGGUUCACAAGCCCUCCGGUCGAUCGUAUCAUACGAAGUUUGCCCCUCCCAAGGUUCCUAUGAAAGACGAUGUUACUGGAGAGCCAUUGAUGAGACGAUCGGAUGAUAAUGAAGAAUCUCUUAAAGUGCGUCUUGCCGCGUAUCAUGCCCAAACAUCGCCGCUUGCCGCUUACUACGGAGAAAGGAAUGUGCAUUGUCCUGUCAACGCCGACAUGCCAGCAAAAGACGUAUUCAGCGCGGUGCAAGCCUGCUUCGCGAACAAGAAGUGA